UAAAAUGAUAUGUCAUAUAUUAGUGGACAUGCAAAUGUCAGAUGUUAAUGUCAAUUUUAUUUCUAUAGCACAUUUGAAUGCAACAAGGUUGAGCAAAGUGCUUUAUAAGUUGGUUAAACCAAACAAGAUAAAACCGUAGAUCGAUCAAAUUAAUGGAAUAAAUAUGGAAUAAAAACAAACAAAAACAAUAAAAUGAGCUAUAUUGGUGGCAGGCCACAAUCAUAACAUAAAAAACCCCACAUGGGACUCAAACUUAACCCAAGUUAAAAAAAAAAAAAAAAAAAAAAAGCGACCAGAGCAAAAUAAAACACACAAGUAAAAAUAUGUGUCAAAAACAAAGACGCAGCCUAACAUAUUAGAAGACCUAGCUUUAUUUUAAGGCUGUAUUUGUUGUUCGGUUAAAAUGUAACUAGUUAUAAAAACAUUAUAAUUUGACUGACUUAAAUUUCAUAAUUUCUAGAAGAUUCUUUUGUCAUUAAUUAUAAUGAUUAAAUAAUAACAAUUGAAUGUAUAUAUUUUGACAAAUCUAUUCUAAAUCUAUUUUAAAAGAAAGAAAGAAUGAAUUUUUAUUGUGAAGGACGCCGUUUGAUCCUAACCGGAAGUCCGUAACUUCAGCUACUGACUUAGUACACUGACUGCAUCAUGGUUAACCUCUGCUGUCUCUGCUGCGGUGAACUCCCUGAACCCCGCCCCCCUCCUCCGGGAGCAGCGCGGGACUCCCGCUCCGCACAGCAGCAACAUCAGCAGCAGCAGCAGCCUGCUGGCUUCGGCCCAGACGCCUCGGGGCUGAGGGGGCCACUAAAGGGGGGAGCGAACGGAGGGGUAUUAGGAGCGAAGCAAGUGAAUAAAAAGGAGUGAGCUUCCAGUUUCUGUCGGACAUGCGAAAAAGUGCAGCAUGCUCUCAUCCGAUCAGGACUCUGCGGAGGACGCGGCGGCCAGCGGUCUCAAUGAUGCUGAUGGAGAAGAGGAGGAAGAGGACUCACCGGCUGAGAGUGAUGUCCCGGAGGAGCAGCGUCCAGUCAAGCAGUCCCUGGGUGCUUGUGUCUGUCGGGAGUCCCACUGGCGCUGCCUGGUGCUCUCCCUGCUCAUGUACAGCUGCCUGGGUGCAGUGGCCUGGUGUAAGCUGACCCGGGUCACCAAGAUAAGCUUCAACUCUGCCCUCACCUCCUCUUUAACAUCCUCCUUUACCUCCUCCCUGCGGGGCGCCUCUGGGGUGGGCAUCGGAGGACACGCUAUGAUAUACCACGACAGCCCCUGCUCGGACGGCCUCAUCUACAUCCCCCUGGCCUUCCUGCUAAUGCUCUACGUGCUGUAUAUUGUGGAGUGCUGGCACUGCAGGGCCAGGAGCGAGCUGCAGUGCAAGGCAGACGUGGACAGCGUGUACGAGCGGGUGCUUCGGAUGCAGCGGGCCCAGCCUUGCAUAUGGUGGAAAGCCAUCAGUUACCAUUUUGUCCGGCGGACGCGACAGGUGACACGGUAUCGUAACGGGGAUGCCUACACCACCACGCAGGUGUACCACGAGCGAGUCAACACUCACGUGGCCGAGGGCGAGUUUGACUACAGCCACUGUGGCAUGAAGGAUGUAUCACGUGACCUUAGAGGCCUGGAGAGGCAUCCGGCCACUCGCCUGCGCUUCACCAAGUGUUUCAGCUUCACUGAGGCGGGCCCAGAAAACGAUUACCUCAACCAGAGAGCCAGGUUCUUCUCUGAAAUCGAAGGUUUGGAUGAUUACAUGGAGGCUCGGGAGGGGAUGCAGCUAAAGAACGUGGACUUCAGAGAAAACCUCUUAGCCUAUGUAGACCCAGACAGGGUGCCGUGGUACACUUCCCAGGUUGCCUUCUGGCUGGCAGCUCUGCUCAUGCUUUCUUGGCCUCUAAGAGUGCUCACGGAGUACCGCACUGCUUACGUGCACUACCGCAUCGAGAAACUGUUUGGGUUGGAGUACACCCACAGCAGCCCCUCCCCUCUAGAUGAAGACAGGCCUGUGGGGAGAAAUAUUGGUUGCGUUAUUCCCAGAGUUGACACGCUGGACAGCACUGAGAUGGAGUGGCACAUACGCUGCAACCGCCAGGUGAUUCCCAGCUACUCGGAGGCGAUGCUGUUAAACAUGAGGACAGGGGCUUCUAAUUCAUUACAAGACACGUCUUCCUCUAACUGCCUUUUACUGGACAGCAGCCAGACUGCUGAGAGCUACGGAGCUCUCCAAAGCCAGGACGACUGCGAGCAGUGCAGCGAGCUGAGCGGACAAGGAGCUGGAGGAGGCAGGAGGAGGACGAUCACCAGCUCCAGCUGCUCCUCCAUUCUGUCCUGCCGCGGAGCUCUAUUCCACUCGCACCUCUCCUUGGACACUUCUCGCUUUUCCCUCUGCCGCAUGUACGGCUCUCAUCGAGGGAGUCGCAGCAGCAACCUGACGGAGCCCUGCUGCGCGGACGAGCAGUGCUGUCGGUCGGACUCCAGCCAGCUGGCGCUGAGCAGCAGUCCACCAACGUACAGAGACGCACACUUCUUUCCUGUUCUCAUUGUGCACCGGUCCGAGGGCAGCGAGGGCGGGAGGGAAGUGAGGCGCUACUAUGUACGGAGGGGGUCAUCCUGUGUGGAGACGGCCUUGUGAGACAGUGGUUAAUAUCAGACAUGAUGGAGGGUAUGGUGGGGUUCAUUGCUAGGUGGAUAAAAUAUGCACUUUUAGCAAGUUUCACGGUAAAAAGAAAUUAAACCAAAAUGAAACCAAGAGUGUUAUCUUAUUUAAAAAAAGUUACAGAUAGCGAUAGCACUGAACUUCAUCCACAUCCUGUAGCUACACCAGGGAGUCUUAUCUUGGAAUUCUCAUGUCUUUGCUGCAUGAUCUGUGCAUCCUCCUAAUUUCAUCAUCUGUCAUUUGCAGAAAUAUUUUCAUCGUGUGUGUGUGUGUGUGUGUGUGUGUGUGUGUGUGUGUGUGUGUGUGUGUGUGUGUGUGUGUGUGUGUGUGGUACCUUUAUGGAUACAUAGCAUUGAUCCAUUUAGAGGCACAUGUAAGAAAAAGAGGUAAAAUGUAAAAAGUUGCAUGUUGUUGCAGACCAUUUGAAAAAUUAAGACAAGCCAGGUUGAAGCCAAAGACUUUUUUUUAAUGCUAUUUUUUAUUGAGACCUAGAAAAAAAAUAAUGUGGAACAUGUGAACUGAAGACUGUGAUGUGAAUGUCUAAGUGAAAACAAUAAAGGUGUCAAACAGGUGCGAACAUUUGUAAAAUCCCAAUGAACUUUAUCACAAGUAAAAUGACUUUUUAAUAAACUGUAACAAAUAUUA